CCGCCCGCCCGGGCUCGGCAGCGCGAGCUUGCCGGCCGCGCUCAGUGUGCGCGGAGACCUACCCCAGCGCCAGCCCGCCCGCCUGCGGCCCCUCCGCCAGCCCCAGCUGCCGCCACUCGCGAGCGCCGCGGCAGAACCGCGCGCAGGGCAGACAGCUCCGCCUCGCCAGCCCAACCCCGCUCCGCCCGGCCGCGCCUCCCGCGCCCCCGCGGGCAGCAGCCACCGCAGCCUCGGCGCCCGGAGAGAAGGUGGAGGAAGCCCGCCCGCCCCGGCACGCGCGCUCGCUCCAUCAUGGACCAUUAUGAUUCCCAGCAGACUAACGACUACAUGCAGCCCGAGGAGGACUGGGACCGGGACCUGCUUCUCGAUCCGGCUUGGGAGAAGCAGCAGAGGAAGACCUUCACGGCAUGGUGCAACUCCCACCUACGCAAGGCAGGGACGCAGAUCGAGAACAUUGAGGAGGACUUCCGGGAUGGCCUGAAACUCAUGCUGCUGCUCGAGGUCAUCUCGGGUGAACGCUUGGCCAAGCCAGAGAGAGGCAAGAUGAGGGUGCACAAGAUCUCCAAUGUCAACAAGGCCCUCGACUUCAUCGCCAGCAAGGGUGUCAAACUGGUAUCCAUUGGAGCCGAAGAAAUUGUGGACGGGAACGUGAAAAUGACUCUGGGCAUGAUCUGGACCAUCAUCCUGCGUUUUGCCAUCCAGGACAUCUCUGUGGAAGAGACUUCAGCCAAGGAGGGGCUGCUCUUGUGGUGCCAGAGGAAGACAGCCCCUUACAAAAAUGUCAACAUUCAGAACUUCCACAUAAGCUGGAAGGAUGGCCUCGGCUUCUGUGCCUUGAUCCACCGCCACCGGCCUGAACUCAUUGACUAUGGGAAACUACGGAAGGAUGACCCCCUCACCAAUCUGAACACAGCCUUCGACGUGGCAGAGAAGUACCUGGACAUCCCCAAGAUGCUGGAUGCUGAAGACAUCGUCGGCACAGCCCGUCCAGAUGAGAAAGCCAUCAUGACUUACGUGUCCAGCUUCUACCACGCCUUCUCUGGAGCCCAGAAGGCGGAGACAGCAGCCAACCGCAUCUGCAAGGUGCUGGCCGUCAACCAGGAGAACGAGCAACUCAUGGAAGACUAUGAGAAACUGGCCAGUGAUCUGUUGGAAUGGAUCCGCCGCACCAUCCCCUGGCUGGAGAACCGGGCCCCCGAGAACACCAUGCAUGCCAUGCAGCAGAAGCUGGAGGAUUUCCGUGACUACCGGCGCCUGCACAAGCCUCCCAAGGUGCAGGAGAAGUGCCAGCUGGAGAUCAACUUCAACACGCUGCAGACUAAGCUGCGCCUCAGCAACCGGCCUGCCUUCAUGCCCUCCGAGGGCAGGAUGGUCUCAGAUAUCAACAAUGCCUGGGGCUGCCUGGAGCAGGCAGAGAAGGGCUAUGAGGAGUGGCUGCUGAAUGAGAUCCGGAGGCUGGAGCGACUGGACCACCUGGCAGAGAAGUUCCGGCAAAAGGCCUCCAUCCACGAGGCGUGGACGGAUGGCAAAGAAGCUAUGCUGCAGCAGAAGGACUAUGAGACGGCCACCCUCUCGGAGAUCAAGGCCCUGCUCAAGAAGCACGAGGCCUUCGAGAGUGAUCUGGCAGCCCACCAGGACCGAGUGGAGCAGAUCGCCGCCAUUGCCCAGGAGCUCAAUGAGCUGGACUACUACGACUCCCCCAAUGUCAACGCCCGGUGCCAAAAGAUCUGUGACCAGUGGGACAAUUUGGGGGCCCUGACCCAGAAGCGGAGGGAAGCUCUGGAGCGGACGGAGAAGCUGCUGGAGACCAUAGACCAGCUGUACUUGGAGUAUGCCAAGCGGGCCGCACCCUUCAACAACUGGAUGGAGGGCGCCAUGGAGGACCUGCAGGACACCUUCAUCGUGCACACCAUCGAGGAGAUCCAGGGACUGACCACAGCCCAUGAGCAGUUCAAAGCCACCCUCCCUGAUGCUGACAAGGAGCGCCUGGCCAUCCUGGGCAUCCACAAUGAGGUGUCCAAGAUUGUCCAAACCUACCACGUCAACAUGGCGGGCACUAACCCCUACACAACCAUCACACCUCAAGAGAUCAACGGCAAAUGGGACCAUGUGCGGCAGCUGGUGCCUCGAAGGGACCAGGCCUUGACAGAGGAGCAUGCCCGUCAGCAGCACAAUGAAAGGCUACGCAAGCAGUUCGGGGCCCAGGCCAACGUCAUCGGGCCCUGGAUCCAGACUAAGAUGGAGGAGAUUGGCAGGAUCUCCAUCGAGAUGCACGGAACCCUGGAGGACCAGCUCAGCCACCUGCGGCAGUACGAGAAGAGCAUCGUUAACUACAAGCCAAAGAUUGACCAGCUGGAGGGUGACCACCAGCUCAUCCAGGAGGCCCUCAUCUUCGACAACAAGCACACCAACUAUACCAUGGAGCACAUCAGAGUGGGCUGGGAGCAGCUCCUCACCACCAUUGCCAGGACCAUCAAUGAGGUGGAGAACCAGAUCCUCACCCGGGACGCCAAAGGCAUCAGCCAGGAGCAGAUGAAUGAGUUCCGGGCCUCCUUCAACCACUUCGACCGGGAUCACUCCGGCACGCUGGGUCCCGAGGAGUUCAAAGCCUGCCUCAUCAGCUUGGGCUAUGAUAUUGGCAACGACCCCCAGAAGAAGACAGGCAUGAUGGACACGGAUGAUUUCCGCGCCUGCCUGAUCUCCAUGGGUUACAACAUGGGAGAGGCAGAAUUUGCCCGCAUCAUGAGCAUUGUGGACCCCAACCGCCUGGGGGUGGUGACGUUCCAGGCCUUCAUUGACUUCAUGUCUCGAGAGACAGCAGACACAGACACGGCAGACCAGGUCAUGGCUUCCUUCAAGAUCCUGGCUGGGGACAAGAACUACAUCACCGUGGAUGAGCUGCGCAGGGAGCUGCCGCCUGACCAGGCCGAGUACUGCAUCGCGCGGAUGGCCCCAUACACAGGCCCCGAUGCUGUGCCGGGUGCUCUGGACUACAUGUCCUUCUCCACGGCGCUGUAUGGCGAGAGUGACCUCUAGCCUGCAGCUGCUCCUGCACCUGCGCCAGCCCGGCCCUUUGCCCCGCCCCCGGCCCCGCACCCACCCCCGCCUCUGCUCCCCCCUCUCGCCAUGCGGAUUCAGGCUCUGAGCUCCGCCUGAACCCCGCCAGCUGGGACCCACGUGGCAUCGAGCUUCCCUGCCCACAAAGUGACAGUUUACAACAUUAUUUUCUGCAAAAAAAAAAAAAAAGAAAAAGAAAGAAAGAAAAGAAAAAUUACAUUUAAAAAAAAUAAAAAAACAAAAAACAAACAAAAAAACACACCACAUAUUUUAUUAUAGAAAAAAAAGUAUUUUUUUUCUCCACCAGACUUCUUCAAUGGAAAAGAGGCAAGCUCAUUAACUCUUUGCACCUGAACGUUUUGUUUGUGACAUAGGAAAAUAACCAAGCACAAUGUUACAGUCCAUUCCUCUUUAUUGAUUUUCCCUUUCCCCUCUCUGUUCCGUCUGCUGUAUUCAUUUCUUCAACCUCAUGUCCACCACUGAUGUGGGGGUGGGGGUGGAGGGCAGGGGGAUGAUCUUGUCAAAAGACACACUGGUGCAUGUGUGUUUGCUAGCUCACUUGUCCAUGAAAUUAUUUUAUGAUAUUAAAGAAAAGAAUCUUUUGAAAUG